AUUACCCGGAAGUACAUAACCGAGCAGGAGGCGGAGCGUCACGACCCUAGGAAGGUCACCUGCCAGCUCCUGGAUGUGCGGGGCUCUGAGUAGCUGCUAGGUACUUGUCUUCUCCACCAUGGACGCUGCCACAGCGGAUGAUGGUCUGCGGUGUGUAGAGAAAGAUGUUCUCAUUCCUAAAAUGAUGAGAGAGAAAGCCAGACUGCGAUGUGCUGAACAAGCAGAAGCUUUCACAAAAUGCUGUCAAGAGAAUGGAUUUCUUAUGGUGGUGAAGUGCAGGGAUGAAAAUGCAGCACUGAAAGAAUGCCUCACAAAACACUAUCAAGACCCGACCUUCUAUGAAGAAUGUAAGCAAGAAUAUUUAAAAGAACGUGAAGAAUUUAGAAGAACAGGUAUUCCUGCCAAAAAGAGACAGCAGAAACUACCGACCAGCAUGUAGUGAUGAGAAACAUUGAAAUAUUUUGUUAUAAAUUAUUAAUCAAAAGAUUUAUUUUGAUGUAUUUUCUAAUUUCUUGAUAUUGUUGUUUUCUUUUACAUUGUGUAAUAUGUUCAUAUCUGGAAUAUGACAUGAUGUUUAAGUUCAUGCCCAUCAUAAAGCUUAUAAAGUACACAUAACAUUAAAGGGGUACUCCCCUGGAAUUUUUUUUUUUUUUGGGGAAAUCAACUGGUGCCAGAAAGUUAAA